UCGACGCUUGCUCGGUCGAUUUGUCCCUUCCGCGUCGAGUGCGACGACGGUGCCCGCGAGAUCGAACAUGACAGCAGCUGCCCCUGCAAUAUUCUUGGUAAGGCUUCGAGCGACCGGUGCAAAGGUUGUCGUGCCCCUUCUGCUGAGCGCUCAGCGUACAGCACCGUACUCUCUCCAUCAUGUCGGCAGGCUGGUCUCUCACCGAAUCGGAUCCAAGCGUAUUCAGUGCAAUAUUAUGGGAGCUCGGCGUCAAAGGUGUCGAGGUAGAGGAGUUAUACGGCUUAGACGCAGCUCUGCUCGAAGACCUACAACCCCAAGCCUUCAUCUUCCUGUUCAAAUAUCUUGGAGGCGAGCGAGCACCGGCGCGGGCAGGGCGGCAAGACACCAAUUUUCGGGGCUACUUUGCCCAUCAAGUGAUCGAAAAUGCUUGCGGUACCCUGGCGAUACUCAAUGCUACGAUGAACUUGAACUUGACACAGCUCGGUCCAGAGCUGAGCAAUCUGAAGGAUUUCUCAUCCCAGCUUGACCCACAGACCAAAGGCGAAGUGCUCACGAACAGCGAAGUGCUGAGACAAGUGCACAACUCAUUUGCGCGAUCGGAUCCUUUCCAGCUGGACGAGGCGCGGCCGGCGACAGAGGACGACGAUGUGUAUCAUUUCAUAGUCUACCUACCCAUCGAUGGUCAUCUAUAUGAGCUUGACGGGUUGCAGCCCUGGCCGCUCGAUCACGGCGCAGUCGAUGCCUCAAGGUGGACCGACAAGGCCAAAGAGGUCAUCCAAGCUCGUAUUGCCACAUAUCCCGCAAAUGAGCUCCAUUUCAACCUGAUGGCGAUCUGCGAAGACCGCCUUGCUAAUCUACAGUCGCGUAUAGAUGCAUUGCAGGCAGUACAAGGCAGCGCAGUCGAUACGUCACGAUCAGACGCUUCGCUUGAUCUCGCACACUUGCAGAGUCAGCUGUCCGAUGAGCAAGCAAAGAGACAACGAUGGGCAUUUGACAAUGCGCUACGAAGGCACAAUCAUGUUGGGCUCGUUCACGCUUUGUUGGAACAGCUCGCGAAAGCAGGACAGCUUAGCGCAGAAAUCGAGCAGGCUAAAGCGAAAGCAAACGAGCAAAGAGAGCGGCGAAGAGCAGCGCAGAAAGCCUCAUAGAUACCAAACGAUCAUG